AUGAAUUUAUUGCUGAGCCUGCUGCUGCUGCUGUUUGGGGCAUGCAACGGCAGCAGAGGUGCAACAAACUCCCCCACCCCCACCCCCUCAGCGAAGCAACUUGCGGCGAUUGAAAAGAUACGCGGCGAAUUGAACGAAGCAUUUGAGGCAGGCGAGGAGGCGGAGGGGGAGGGCGUGAUCGUACAGCCAGCCUGGACCAAGCAGGGUCACAAGGUCACAGCCAGUGCGCCUGCACCCAAGGUCAUUGUGAAUUCAGCUGCGCUGCAAGCGGCAAAAGCGCUGCGCAGCGAGAUCAAUGAGGCGGUAGCCCGUCAAGGACACACGGAGCAAGUGCGUCAAUUGGAGGCGGCAAUCAAGGCGAAAACAGGUGACACUCCGGGAGCGGGUCCCGAAUCCGGAGCCGGACAAUCUGUCGUUGGCAGUGCCCGUGAUGAGAUGCUGGGCAGCAGUCUGGAAGAUGCGGCAAAUGUUGUGGAUGCAGCACCGCUGGACAUCGAUCUGGCCCAGCUGCAGCAACUGGAGCUGUCCAAGAGACGCACUCGUGAAAUGCUUGUACUCAGUCGCAUCGAGGAGAAUCUGCAGUUCACUCUAGGCGAGGAUGUCUCCCACUGGUUGCACCUGCAACAGAAUGCCACAACCUAUUUUGUGGGUCAACGCCAUCAGGAGUUGCUGUUGCUGGAGCAACAAGCUCCCAUUGCAUCUGACACGUUUCCCACCUAUGAAAAAAUCCAGACAUUGCCAAUUCCGGAGAACAUCAUAACCAUGAUCAGCUUCGAGCGCUGGAAUCCAAGGAUGCAGCUACAGAAGGGCUUGGUGCUGCUCUCUGUGGAUCAGCAGCUGAUCUGGUAUCGCCUCGAAGCGGGUGUUGGCCUAAACCAAUUCUGGCAGUGGCCAAUUGGCAAUAUUACCAAGAUGCUGCCAUUCGUGGUGGAGAAUCGCGAGUAUCUAGUUGUGGUGUCCAAUCAGACGCUUAGCAUCUAUGCCCAUCAUGUGGAUGCCUUGGAGUUCUGGAUUGUACAGCGUCUGCAGCUGGAGGAGGAGAUUACGGCCAUCGCUGUGCUGGACACUGGCCGGGAUCUCCUUCUGGCCGUUGGUCAGAGCAACGAGGCCAUCAUCUAUGCCCACAACAUGCAUGAUCUGGCGCAGGAGGCGGGAUUGCAGCUGCAGAUACGUCAGCAUCUGGAUGCACCACAAAUCGCUGACAUUGCUGCCUUUCAAAUGGGCGGACGCAGUUAUCUGGCCCUGGGCGGUCAACGUCCACAGAUACUCGCCUAUGUGCAGGGCCAGCUGCUGCCCAAGACGGUGCUCGGCCAGAACUUUGGUCUCGUGGAGCUAUUUCUGCCCGUGCCAGUGCGCAGCUAUCGAGAUGAUCUGUUGCUGCUAGUGCAGCAUCGAAUUUACUUUGAUACCCAUACAUUGGUCCAGUUGGAGGUGCUGGUGUGGAAUGGAGAGGCCUUCGAGGCCAGUUUGCCGCCGCCCUGUGAGCUGGGCUCCCUGAUCCGCUAUGGUGCCGGCUGCAUGCUGGACGAGCUGCGGGACAGGGGCAUGGCUGGAGCGGCAUUGUUGCGUCAGGUGCAACCACCGCUACUGCUCGUGCCGCAACAGGCAGCGCCCUCGGGACUCUUUCGGCUGCACACGGAGCUGUUGCCGCGCAACUCGGAAUUGCAUGACAUACAGGAGAUUCAGGAAUUUAUGCGCAACUGGGUCGCAGAGCAGGACAAGGUGCUGCAGCAUGCCCAGCAGCUGAUUCAUGCUUCAGAUCCAGAUCCAGAUACAGAGCUGGAGGUAAUCCAAUACGAGGUGAUAAAUACACCGCUGCUCAUCAGCGAAGGCGCCAUCGUUGGAGCACUCUAUGUGAACGAGGUGCCUUGGACAACGGCAGAUGCUGGCACAGAUCUGUUGCAGCUGUUGCAACAGAUUCGCCUCUUGAGGCAACAGCUGCUGGACUUGCACGGACGUAGCAGGCGUCAAUCUCCGCUCUUCUUUUACGACUACGAGCAGCUGGACUUUGAUGUGGUUGAAGUGCAGGAGCUGCUCGUCCAGAAAUUGAACCAUGUGCCCUUCUACAUACAGAAUGCCACACUGCAGUUCAAUGGCUCGAUCAACGUGCAACAAUUGGAGCUGCUGCAGCCUCAAUUAACCGAGCCACCCGAAUCUCUGCCCUCAAGCACGCGAGAGCAACUGAAAGUAUCUGGAGAUCUGACUUGUGAUUAUAUCAAUGGACUCAGCUGGGAUGUAUUCCAACAAGAGGUGAUCUGGCGCUACAAGGCUCUGCAGUUGUCUCAGCUGCAGGUGCAAGGUGCUGUAGUCUUUGAGGACUCGCUGCAUUUGAGUGCGCUUAAUGAGCUUAGCUUUCCUGAGGAUUAUCUCUGGUCCCAAAGCAGCUCCACGAGCAUUGUGCGUGCCCCGAAACAAUUUACUCAGACGCUGACUGUCAACGAUGUGGACACUGCUGGCACCAUCAAUGGACGCGAUCCCUUGGAUGCCAUUACGUUGAGCGAUGCUCAGGAUUGGCCAGGUUUGGUUACAUUCACGCAGCUGGAAGUGUCCGAGGAGCUGCAGCUGAAUGGAACUGCGCAGGGACGUAAGUUCGAGGAGGCGCCGCUGAAUCCCACACUUUUGGAAGCACAUCACAUUCAUGCAGCGUGCCACUUUGCUCACCUGGUUGUAAAUGGACCUUUGCAGGUCCACGGACUGUUGGAUGCGAACACUUAUGAUUCAUUGUUGGGGGAUCUCGCUCAGCGAUCUCUUGAUGGCAAUGAGGAGCUGUUGAUAGCUGGAAUGAAACACGUGCAGCAGCUGACGUUGCCAGUGGAUGCACAUGUCAUGGAUGGCAAGUUGAGUGGCAUUCCCAUCGAGCAGUUUGUGACCAAGCACACGAAUCAGACACUCCACAAUGUGAAUAGCUUGGAUGGUUAUGUCUACUUCCAUCGGCUGCAACUAAACGGAGCCUUUGAUGGCGUCCACCUGCAGGAGCUAUUCGAUCAAUCUCUGCACGUGGAUGCACCGUUGAUGGCGCCAAGUACGCGACUUCAGUUUGUCAACGAUCUGGAGUUGCCACAGCUGCAGAUUACACGCAUCCUCAACGAUGUUCCGCUCUCCGGUUACCAGACACUUCAGGAGCCUCUACAUCUCAGCCAGGCGAGUUUCAAAAGCCUCCAGGCUGAUCAACUGGACGUCGCAUUUAAUGUGACGGGUGCGGGUCGGCUCAAUGGUCGUCCUCUUGACGAGCUGUUGAGCGUAUCCAGGCAAUCAGAUCAUGUCCAGGUGCAAGAACUCAUCCUUCCAAUGGGCGUGGAGGCGACAAAGUUGCAGGGACUCGACGCCGAUCAAUUGUUGAGUUUCCUGCAACAGUUGGAUGUGCUGCCAUUACUCAUACUCCAUGGCCAGCUGCAGGUGGAACAGAUUGCGAUCAGUGGUGCGGUGCAGGUGGAGGGUAAACUCAAUGGACGCAAUCUCGAUCAGCUGCAGCGUGAAGUUGUCUGGCUGGAUCAGCCUAACGAGUUGCGCACACGUUGGCGCUUCCAACAGCCGCCAAUCUUUGCCAGCGAUCUUGUCCUCCAGGGCAGUUACAACCAACGUCUGUUGCCUGAACUGCUCGAGGAUAUUAUCUUUCGAUCUGAUCAGCUGAAUGCGAAGGAGCUCUUGAUUAUGGGCACCAAGAACUUUGUAGGGCAUGUUAUUGUCCGGGACAGUCUCCGACUGGAGGCACUAAAUGGUGUGCCCUUUAACCAAUUGGCCAACAAACGGCAACCUCUAAGCUUUUCCGGCAAUCUACACUUGGCUGGGCAACUUCAUGUGGCAAAUGUGCAGCUGGAUGGCGAACUGAACAGCCAAGCGGUUAACCAGCUGGAGGAACGUUUGCUCUGGCAUCCACAACUGAAUGCGUUUGUACAACGUGGACUGAUUCAUUUGCCGCCACUUCAGCUGAAGGAUCUCACGGUUCUAGGUCAUCUGGGAAAUCGCAGUCUGGAGCCGCUGCAAGACUUCUUUGCCAAUCUGCUUGACAAACAGCAGCCUCAAUUGCGUGUGGAGGGUCACAAAAUCUUCACCGGUCGCGUGAGCAUUCACAGUGGCGCCCACAUUACCGAACUGAAUGGCAUCCAGCUGAAGGAGCUUUUGGAGCAGCUCAUCUUUCUCGAUGGCCAGGACGAGGUAACACUGCACUCGCCUGUGCACUUCGAGGCGCCUGUCCAGAUGAAUCAACUGCAGGUUGAUCAACUCAUUUUACAAGGCGAACGAAUCAAUGGCUGCAAUGUUACCGAUUGGAUUUAUGACACAAUUCGCGUGGAUCGCGACUGGGAAGCGGCUGCUCCCGUCACGUUUACGCCCGGCGCCCUGGACAACAAUGCAUUGCAAGUGAAGCAGCUGAAUCACUUGAAUCUAUCGCACGUUGUCACACUUCAUACGGAGCAACAUCUCAUCUAUCCGCUGUUGGCCCAGGAACUUCAACUGGAUGAUGGACAUGUGUUGCUCCAGGGUCUAGUGAAUGGACACAAUCUGUUUGAAGAAUUCUCCAAUACCUUGCUGGUAAAUGCACCACAUGUGCAACAUGUGGAGACGCCACUGGUGAUGCAGUCCGUGCAUGUGCUGGGCUCCUUGUGGGCCAACUCGUCAACUAUCAAUGGCGAUCGCAAUCUUAAUUUGAGUGAUGUGGCCACGCUGCGGGAGGAGCAACUGCAUCUUAAGACGCCGCUAUAUUUCGAUCUGCUGCAUGCUCCAGAAUUGCGCACAGGCUUUCGCAUCAAUGGCUUCGACUAUAAUGCCUGGUAUGAGAAGAGCUUGUGGGCACAGGGGAGAGCAACGCAGGUUAUCACCGGCAAUUGGAGCGUCUAUUGGCUGCGUGUGAAGCAACCCCAUGAGGCAGAGCAGGCGGCACAUGUCCUUUAUCGUCGCCAGACGACAGCAUUGGCGGAACGACAUCAGGAGUUGUGCAAGCGCCUGGCCAGACUCUUUGGCCUGCUGCAUCUGCCGUAUCAGGUGAAGCAAUUGCGACACAGCUUUGAACUGACACAGAAUACGGAUCAGGCGGAUUUGCGUCGCGUAUUUGCGCUUAAGUCGCCGGUAAAAGGCGUCAAUUAUCUGCUGCUUAACGAGCUCGGCUGCUGGACACGCAUCCAUCGCUGGAAUGGCACGCACUUUGCCAAUGCGGGAUCCUUUGAGAGUGGUCCCAUCGAUGAUGUGGUUGUGCUGCAGUUGCGCAAUGAAAGCAACAGCGAUAACGAUCAGUUUAGCUUCAUGACCAGCUACGAGCUGGGCGAGGAGCAACUGGAAUGCAGCAGUCUACAGAAUCUACAGAGCUGGCGUACAAGUGCAAAGAUUGAGAUUGAACCGUUGGGUGUGCCCGCCAAUUCGCUGGAGAAGCUGCAGCAACAGCAUGAGGCAAAACAGUUGCAACGUCGUGUGCCAAGCUAUCAGGAUGCCAUCAAGUAUCUAAAUCGCCCCAGCAUCGAGUCCCAAUUGCGUCCACAUCUCGAUGCCUCGCAUGCGAUCACCCAGGAGCAAUAUGAGACAUUGAGAGAGCGACUGUUGGAGCAUCUCAGUUUUCGUUUGCAGACCGAGGUGAACAUCACACAACUGAGCAUUCCCGAGAGUGAUCUCUAUGAUGACGAGCAUCUUGUGGAGGAUUUCUUGUGGUUAAUGCAUCAGCUUCAACGACAUGCAAUUAAGUCUGGAUCUGAAAUGUUUGUAGCGCUGCAAACAGAUACGUUACCAUUGCCAAAUAGUCCGGCACGCGUCUUGGCCGCAAGAAGUUCUCAACUCAUUUGGCCAGUGCUGGGGGAGUUAAGGGCAUUGCAUGCUCGACUGGCACUGAAUGAUAGUCGGGCUGGGGAGCUGUUACUUCAACUGGAGCAGACAGUGCACGAUGUGCUGCAAUUGGCCUACAUGGGCAGCAAUUUGGCCAAUGCGAAUGAAGAUGAUGACACGAUACGGUUGCAUGCCGUGAUUGAGCGACUGCGUCAACUGCAACUGCAUCUGCAACCGGAGCAGCAACCGGCGGAAAGUAUCAUGUACACCAUGAGCCUGCCAGCGCCACAUGCGCAGCAGAAUUGGCAGCCCGUGCAAACAAUACGCUUGCAUGUGGGUCCUGCACAGCGUGGCAGGCUCCUCUAUGCCCGUCUGACUAUUGUCGCUCCUGAUGCACCCUCGGUGGCACCAUCAACCGCUCCAGCUGCCCACAUACAGCUGCAUCAUGCCAAUGGCACACUCUUUCAGUCCCUGGCCGCCGAUCAACGGGCACGUCAGCUCACGGCCCUGCGUGUGCUCGACGAGACGCUGUUGGCCUUCGUCGAGGGAUGUUGCCAGGUGCGCAUCUUCAUCUAUCGGGGCGUCCAGGGCUUUGUGCCCUUCGCCCAGUUCCAGACUGAAGCUGAUGAUGAUGUGUUGCAAUUGCUGGCACUUCGUCUGCCCCUUCUGCAAUCCCCUGGCGCUCUCUAUACCUUGGCUGUAGUCCAGGCACGUCGUAUUGUAUUCUAUGAGCUCGUCAUCCCUGGACUCUUUGAGCCUUGGCUUCAUUGCUGAUAAGUAUGUUAUCAAAAUUAGAAAUUUCUUAAGCUUAUUAGCUAUUUCUUGCAUUAUGUAGUUUCGUUAAUUAUUAGUUAUUAUUGUUGAAUAUGUCUUCUCUUUAGUAUACAUACAUAUAUGAUGUAUAUAUAUAAA